GCAUCAUGCUUUUACGCGCUCCUGCUUUGCUAUCCCGAACACAUAAUUAUAUGCACACUCACAUAUACAAUCACAAUAUAUUCUUCCAGAUGAUUCAAAUUUUGCUCUCAUUUCGCUGGCGCAGUCUUAAUUGUCUCUACCAUGAGAUACUGCGCGGCGGACGCUUAAUUGAAAUUAAAACCGUCUGUUUGCUUUUAAAACGCAAAUACUGUCGGCUGGGAAAACACGAACUUUAUUGCCUAAAAGUACAUGGGAAUUUUCGUGUUUCUGUUUUGAAAAAUAUAGUGCGAUUUGGCUAAAAGAUUCUUGGAAAAUAUACUAUAUAUAUAUAUAUAUAUAUAUAUGAUAUACUGUGUUAGCUAAAUUUAAUUAAUAAAGGACUAGUAGAGCAAUUUGUUGCGUACAAGUGCCCUUAAAGAUACUUAUGUAAGUGCCUUUGUAAAUAUUUAGAAAAAAUAGUGAAUUAAUUUCGUUUCCUAUCGAAAAAUUUGUGAAAAAAUAUGUAUGUGUGAAAUAUUUAAUAUGAAGCAGUGUUUGUAAGUGAAAAAACGCAAAACUUAGAAAAGAAAGUAUUUAUGAUUGGAGUGAAAAUGAUGUCGAAGCUGUGGAUUCUUAUUUGCGCGACUCACAUCGUUAUCACUAAGGGUACCUACGACCCAGCUCUUACGGGUAUAAAGACAAGAAACUAUCAUCGAGUUUAUCCAGAGCAGGAGCCAUAUACCAAUGCGCAGUCGUAUGAACCCAAACCCACUUCCAAUAGAAAUUACGGUGCCGGUUCAGUGAGGUUAUCGCCAACUAAUUCAUACCAACACUAUGAUGAACCUCGCAUUCAACAUCAUCCCUCACACAGCCACCAACAUCAGCAGCAACAGCAGCAACAACAGCAACAUCAACAACAAACCGACUCUUAUCAACAACGCGAAUUACCGCUAUUUAAUCGCAAUGCACAUGUGCGUCAAGCAUUGCCGUCACAGCGCUCGGAGCGCAGAGACAGCGUUUUGGGCGGCGUAGAGAGCACAAUACCAGAUUAUGGCACUGGUUGUCCGCCGAAGCAUACAGGGCCGGUGCCGUAUGCUUAUGAUUGCCGGCGAUUUGUCAACUGUUUGCAUGGACGCGGUCACAUACAGAGCUGUGGUCCCGGUACGGUCUUUAAUCCUGAAACUCUUGAAUGCGAUCGGCCUGACAAAGUUGUUUGUGGUAGUGCGCUUACAAAUGGAGAGCACAGAGAGCAGCAGAGCACCCCUCAGCACAACAAAUAUCGCGCUGGACGUUUAAUAGACGCAAACACAGAUAGUGUAAAAUCUCUUUGCCCCAACGGCUUUAGUGGAUUGGCGCCACAUCCAACCGAUUGUACGAAGUUCUUGAAUUGCGCUAAUGGCAAUACCCACGUACAAAACUGUGGACCCGGUACUGCGUUUAGCGCAUCGAAGAAGGUGUGCGAUUUUAAGGAAAAUGUUGAUUGCAGUGAUCGUGAGAAUUCGGCUUACGGAGCAGUGAAUAGCCGUGAUAGCCGUCAGUAUGUGUUUUGUCCUGCGGGUGCGAGUGGCUUACAUCCACAUCCUUACGAUUGCACUCGAUUUCUCAAUUGUGCGCACGGACAGAUGGUGGUACAAUCCUGUGGACCUGGUACAGCGUUCGAUCGAGUAAAAUCGAUAUGCGACUACGUGCAAAAUGUUGACUGCAAAACGACAAUUAAAGCCAAAUCCAAUUUAAACUAUGUGGACACAAAUGUUAAGCAGAACGAGUUGGGAAGAGGAAUGGAAAAAGAAGAAGGUGAUAUAUUCUGUCCACCCGGCGUGUCUGGACACUUUCCAUAUCCCUUUGAUUACACCAAAUUUAUAAAUUGUAAAAAUGGAAACACGGCGAUACAAAACUGUCUUCCGGGAACUGCGUUCAGCAUAUCGAGGAGUUACUGUGAAUCCAAGGAGAACGUGCCGCAUACCGACCACGUCGCUUACAUAGUGUCCGAAGUUCGCUACGAAUAUUCUUUCACAAUGAUCAGUUGUCCACCAUCCACUGAUGGUCUACAUUUAUAUCCAUAUGAUUUCACUAAAUAUAUAAACUGCCAACAAGGACACAUGAGUAUCAUCGAGUGUGCACCGCAAAAUGUAUUUAGUAUAUCUCGCAGGGGAUGUCUGCCUGAAAUUCAAGUGAAUAUCGCCGAUCGCGUACGAAAUGCUUGGGAGCUUCGACACAACGUCGAUACAACUGAUUCCAGGAAUGCAGCACUCAACUACAUGAAUGAGUUGCCUGAAUGCCCUCAAGGUCAAUCUAGCCUCUAUCCAUACCCUUUUGAUUGCAAAAAAUAUCUGCAAUGCAUUGACGGUAGGCUGUCUAUAGAGACCUGCGUUUCGGGUUAUGUUUUCAGUUUGUCAUCAAAACACUGUGAUCCAAAAGAUUUGGUUGGCAAUACUGAACAGGUUCAACUAUCGUUUGAUAUUGGCCAGAUUAGGACAUCUGAAUCAGAUUAUGACUACUUUAAUAAUAAUCUAGGAGGCAUACAAUCGCUUUGUCCGCAAGAUGUAAGAGGCUUCUUUUUAUAUCCCUUCGAUUGCACCAAAUACUUGUAUUGUCGUGAUGGUCAAGGGCAAAUAGAAAACUGCAUUUCUGAUAAAGUCUUCAGUAUAUCGGCUAGAGAAUGUAUAAAUCGUAAUCUGGUUGAGGCAUAUGAUCGUGUGGAAUAUUUAAGUGAGGUUCCAAACGAAUUCUCAGAACUGGAGACAAGUAAAAAUCAGUUGUAUGUGCCAAACUGUUCUUUGGGUGCUGACGGACUUUAUCCACAUCCUUAUGAUAAUACGAAGUAUAUAAAAUGUGUAGAUGGGUAUGCAACCGUUGAGAAUUGCAUAAGUGGAAUGAUUUUCAGUAAAGCUAGAAAAUACUGCGACUAUGAACGGAAAGUUUACGAAUACGAUAGUGGAAAAAGUUAUAAUACAUUAAAUGAAAACCACUGGGUCCCAGGCAGCACAAAUAUAAUAAGGGAAGGUAAAACUGUGGACGAGAUUGAGGGCGCGCAAAUUGCAUGUCCACCUAAUUCGAUGGGAAUGUAUCCGCAUCCACAAGAUUGCAGAAAAUUCGUUUCGUGUGCCAAUGGUAUAGUUGAUAUCAAGGACUGUGGUCCAGGUACUGCAUGGAGUGUUGAGAUGGAAGUGUGUGACUUUGAGAAAGCUGUAAAUUGCACGGGACGCACGAAGUUACAUACAACCGCUAAGAGUACAUUUACAGAGGACAAGGUGUCAUGUCCAUCUAAUGCAAAAGGUUUAUUCUUGCAGCCAUUUAAUCCAUAUCAAUACAUUGAAUGUAGAAAUGGCGACACUAACUUACAAAGCUGCCCACCGGGAAGUGUGUUCAGUAUUUCAAGGAGAUUAUGUCUCUCCGAAGAGCAAGUCAAUAUCUUAGAUCAUGUAAUGUGCGUUCAAGAGUAUAUCACGGAUAUAACCCUACAUUAUAAUUACGUCGUCUGUCCGGCAUCCGCACUUGGUUACUUUAUUUAUCCUUUUGACGGCUUACUAUUUAUUGAAUGCAAGGCCGGUAAUACCAUCAUACAGAACUGUGCACCGAAUAUGUUGUUCAGCUUAUCAAAUAAGAUUUGUAUAGCCUCUACCGAAGCAAAAGACACUGAUCAUUUGUGGUUAAGUUCAGUUGGGCAGAUCGCUGAUAAUAGUUUUGGCGCCUAUGACCACAACCUUGAGUGGGGAGCCGUAGAUAUGACAGGUUCUGGUACUCACACCCUCAGCUUAGAACAUACCGCUCAAACAGAAGCAUGUCCAUCUGGCGCUUCAGGUCUUUAUUCUCAUCCAACGGACUGCACGAAAUAUUUGCGAUGUGACAACGGCAUUACUUAUGUAAUGGAUUGUGGUCCCGGUACAGCUUUUAAUGCUGCGCUUGAGGUGUGUGAUUUUAAAGACAAAGUUGACUGCUCGCAAAAUGCGCAAAUUAAUAUAGCUUCGGGCCACGACAAAGAUCCCAGUAUGCACCCCAUUACAUGUCCUGAGGGAGCCACUGGUAUAUAUCCUCAUCCUCUGGAUUGCAGAAAGUUUCUUAAUUGUGAUAAUGGCAUAACAAAUAUACAAGAUUGUGGCCCCGGUACUGCCUGGAAUGCAAAACUGGAAACUUGCGACUUUAUUAAGAAUGUCGAUUGUUCAGAUACUCACAACGUUCAUGGUAAUAAUCCUAACGUAAACUACCCACCACCGCCAACUCAACCGAACCACCGGGACUCAACAAAAAUCGGCUUUAGGCAGGAACAUCAUGAGCAUAGUAUUUCUCCUCAGCAAAGAACUGCUAACAAUAGACAAGCUUAUGGCAACGGUUUACCAACGACAUCAACUCAAACGGGCAGCUAUGGAGAUCGUUGGUCCAACAUGGAUGUGCAGCGCCCUAUACCUAGUGACAUAACUUACGGUGGUCCAUAUAUAGCCGAUCGACAACAACGUCCACCUACGCACGGCAGAGAAUUACAACAGCACAGUAGUUCAAAUAAUUGGAUCGCUUCUGGCUCUGCAAUUGAUCGACAAAGGCCCGCACAAAGCGUCAUCUAUGAAGAAGGCUCCCUGCAACCAAAUCGUAAUUAUAAUACUUUCAGCACAUAUACAACUCCUCUAGCAUCUUUCAAACCUGAGUCCGUACCUGCUACAUCAGUUAAUAGUAAAAUAUUUGCAAAUGAGACAACAAACAUUUACUAUGCACAACCUGUUGGGUCUGAAGAAAACACUGAGGAAGUAUUUGAUGAUUCCAAAAUACCUACACAAUCCUCAAACCAUUCCCCAUUUAAUAAAAAAGAAAUUAAUUUUGAACAAACUUCGAACAAAUGGAUUCCAAUACCUAAUCAAGUGCUUUUGCCACCGAAGCGCACUGAGGAGCCGCAAACUGAAGCGCAAGAUUUUCCACCAAAAAAUAUUUUUACUCCAGCAUCUUAUAUUACGCCUACACCCGGACAUCCUCAUAGUUCUACGGCGGACGGUCCAACAUUUAUACCGCAUAACAGUUUUGACUCUUCUAACCUAUAUGGCGGUUUGCUACCACCACCGCCACCGCCACCAGCUCCCACGAUCCCUCAAAGUCCUUUGUCGUAUGCUUCAAAUCCUAUUCACAAAUUUGAGCCAUCAUAUCCAACUAAAGGUCGACCCUUGGGUAGAUCCAUAGACGAAAUUGAACCUAUCAGAGCUUUCAGCACGAAUGCUCAGGGAAAACCGCAUUUGCUUUCUCCUCCUUCAAGCAUUAAUGUUUAUAAAACUGACAUUAGUACGAGUACACCUGCAACUUACCUUCAGUCGCCUGCAUUACCCACACCUGCAGCUGCAACUGCAACUAGAUCAUAUUCGACGGUUUCUACUCGUUUAAAGCCUGUACACAAUUUUCUAGAGAAUACAACUUUAGAAAUGUUCCCUAAAGAUCCCCACUAUAGUGGUUCAUAUUCAAAUGUUGCACAUGCAAGUCCACCAAAGUCCGUCGAUCGGGAAGACGUACAGACUUCUGAAGAUGUACUUAUGGCUGAUGCUUUACGCCUACUUUUGCGUCCCUAUUUUAAUCGUAGCGGCACAAUUUCGGAAGAAAAUGCCGAUCAUGUCGAGGGUCAUAUAAUGAAACUCUCACCCAAACUUACUUCACACACAUCCGUCAUAACUUCAUCAACAGAUAAAACUAGCAAAAACUCGCCAGUUGGUGCUGAAAAUGAAAAGGAGGUUGAACUUAUACUUGCAGGUGAACAACACAGUUUGACCACAGUCCCAACCCAGAAUAGCACACACGAUACACGUACUGAAUUUUAUUCGAAAAAUACAAGACAAGAGUCGAAGACUAAUUUGAAUUGGCACAAUCACGGACAUAGUCGCGAAUUUCAUCGUAAACAUCCAAAUUUAAUUAACUCCUUUAAUGAGGACGAACACACAAGUACUCAUACACAUCAUCGACACAAUCAUAAUAGGGCAUAUCACCAGAGACACCCCGAAAUACUAAACCCGUUUAUAACACCCGAAUCACCACAGACCACAACCAAUUUUGAGUUAAGUAAUACUAAUCUACCAAAUCCACAUGCAGAGUACACGACUCCAUUUAGUGUGAGACCCGGGAUAAAUGAGAGUGCAGGAGAUAUUGAUUGUCAGUUUGAUUGCGGAAAUGGAAAUUGUGUAAAGUCUCAUGAGGUUUGUAACGGUAUUAAUAACUGUGGCAAUCGAAAGGAUGAAGAGGAUUGCAAACAUUUGGGUUACGAAGUGCGUCUGACUGAUGGCGAAAGUUCAAACAUGGGGCGUAUUGAGGUUAAAAUACUUGGAAAAUGGAGGUAUGUGUGCGAUGACAAGUUUGGUCUAAGUGAUGCUGAAGUGGUGUGCCGAGAACUGGGCUUCAAAUUGGGAGCUAGCGAAGUGCGUGGCUUUUCAUAUUACCCACCAACAACAGGGGAUGUAUCAUUCGCGAUGGACGAAGUCGAAUGUCGCGGCGAUGAAACGUCUUUAAAAGAAUGCAACUUUAAAGGUUGGGGAGUUAGCAAUUGUGGACCGGACGAAGUGGUCGGUGUAGUUUGCAAGGUGCCGCAACUUAAAUGUCCCAACAAAUAUUGGCUAUGUAGUACCUCACAAGAGUGUAUACCACCGGCGUUCGUGUGCGACAAUACGCCAGAUUGUGCUGAUAAAUCGGAUGAGAGUGAGAAUGUUUGCAAUUCUCCCAUAAAAUAUCGGCUGGAGGGUGGACGUAGCCCGAAUGAGGGACGGCUCGAAGUAAGAUAUCGUGGUGAGUGGGGCACUAUAUGUGAUGAUGAUUUCGGCUUCAAGGAGGCUCAAGUUAUGUGCAACUCAAUGGGUUUAUACGGGACACCGACUAUUGUUAAGAACAAAUAUGGACCUGGCAGCGGGCCUAUUUGGUUGGAUCAGGUAUCUUGCUAUGGCAAUGAGACCACACUCGAUCAGUGCAGUCAUUUUACAUGGGGCGAACAUAAUUGCAAUCACACUGAGGAUGUUGGCUUAAAGUGUACACUGGGUGUGCCGCCUCAAAAGGAGAUCUCGUUGCCACAGUUGAAUGAUUAUGAAAACUCACAGAGAGAGUUGGAUGAGACACAACAACAAUUAGAAGAUAUUGGCUUAUAUUCCGAACAAUGGGAGCGCAAGAGCAAGGUGGUGGGCGAGCAAAGGCGUUGUGGCCAUUUCAAAAACAACCUGCUAGAUGAAUUUGCCCAUCCAGAGGAGCGUGUUGUGAACGGCAGUAUUGCCAAGCGUGGUCAUCAUCCUUGGCAGGCUACGAUACGCACACGAGGCAGGGGCGGCAUAUCGAGCCAUUGGUGUGGCGCGGUAUUAAUUUCCUCCAGGCAUUUGUUAACUGCUGCUCAUUGUCUCGCUGGCUAUCCAAAAGGCGCCUACUUUGUACGCAUGGGUGAUCACUAUGCAAACAUAGCAGAAUCUUCGGAGGUCGAUUCGUUCAUUGAGAAUUGGUAUGUACACGAGAAGUUCCGUGAUGCCACCCAUAUGAACAAUGAUAUUGCCGUGGUUGUGCUGAAGACGCCGGUAAAAUUCAACGAUUACAUUCAACCGGUCUGUCUGCCGAACAAGGGGGCAGCGCUGGCAGAAAAUCGCUUGUGCACAAUAUCCGGUUGGGGCUCAAUAAAGUCCGGUGUUUCAACACCCUCAAAUAUCCUUCGUGCAGCUGAAUUGCCAAUUUUGUCCGAUGAUGUUUGUAAGCAAAAACAUGUCUACGGCGCAUCUCUCACUGAGGGUAUGUUUUGCGCCGGUUAUAUGGAUGAGAGCGUCGAUGCUUGCGACGGUGAUUCUGGUGGUCCGCUGAUUUGUCAUGAUGAAGAUGGUGAAACCUUGUAUGGUAUAAUUUCAUGGGGCCAGCACUGCGGUUAUGCAAAUAAGCCGGGCGUUUAUGUGCGUGUGGAGAAAUACGUUGAUUGGAUAUUGGAAAAAAUCAACUUUUCUAUGAACAAUAACAAUAAAUUGUAAAAUAGAAAAAUUUUAAAUUUGUAUACCGUUAUAUACUUAUUAGUUUAGAAAUAUUUGAAUUUAUGUGCAAAAUAAAGGGGAAUGUAUAGUUAUUCUAACAUUUAA